ACAUGUAAUGUUACAUCAGGGCAUUAUCUUACGACAAGGUCAUAUGACCCGCACAAUAUAUAAUUUGAUCAAAGAUAAACGUUACGAGGAUGUUAUAGAAUGUAUUUUGAAUUUUGGCGAAGCGGCAAAUACAAGAGCAGGGCUCUCGACAUUAGGUUAUUGCUACUAUCAUGCACAGAAAUAUGAAGAAGCCGCCACUUGCUAUGAGCAACUGUACAACUUGGUACCCAGAGAACCUAAAUAUAAAUUCUAUUGCGCUCAAUCGCUUUAUCAGGCAGGCAUUUUCAACGAAGCUUUACGUUUACUAAAACAAAUCAAUGGAAGUGAAGAAUUGAAGGAGCAGUGCUUGCAAUUGCAAAGUGCUAUUCUAUAUUCCAGCGAGGAUUUUGCAGGUGCACAGAGUGUGCUUAAUCAGCGUGCAGGUGGUAAGGCAGAGACGCUUAACGAUGAGGGUUGUUUGCUUUAUCAGGCAGACCAGUAUGAGCAAGCGGUACAACGUUUUACUUCAGCACUACAAGUAGGUGGUUUCAAUCCUUUGGUUGCCUACAACCUGGCUCUGACGCAUUUUCGUAAAAAAGAAAAGGCUCAAGCUCUUGAUAUAACUGCUGAAAUUGUAGAGCGUGGUAUUCGCAAUCAUCCGGAGUUGGGUAUCGGUGCUCAGAUAGAUACCGAUGGUAGUGCACGCAGUGUGGGCAAUCCCAUUACUAUAUCUUUGUCUGGCAUUACGCAAGCACUGAACCUUAAAGCAGCAAUUGAAUAUCAAGAUGGAAAUGUUGAAGCAGCACGCGAUUCACUUCUUGAUUUGCCACCACGCUCAGAAAAUGAGUUAGAUCCAGUUACGUUGCAUAACAUGGCUUUAACUGAUCCAGAAGGUCCAGUAGCAGGUUUGCGUAAAUUGGCAUUUCUCCUGCAGUUAGGACCACCGGCAUGUCCAAAAGAGACUUUCGCUAAUAUAUUGCUUAUUUGCUGUAAACAUGAAAUGUAUGAAACAGCAGCCGAUAUAUUAGCUGAACAUACCGAUUUGACCUAUAAAUACCUAUCACAGUAUCUUUAUGAGUUACUGGAUGCUAUAAUAACAGCGCAGACAUCUUCCGAACUGGCAGAGAAGAAAUUAGGUACUUUAGCAUCUAGUUUGGCAGGUAAACUACGCAGCUUAGCUGCUAAAGUACAAGAAGUUCGUAGCACAACUGAUCAAAAUGCUUUAAGGAAUGCACUCAAGGAUUAUGAGAUCGCAUUGGAGUUUUACUUGCCUGUUGUAAUGUCACGCGCUUGGAUUUACUGGCGUGAUGAUGAUUUCGUUGGUGCGGAACGUGAAUUUCGUUCUAGUGCUGAAUUUUGUUCUGAGAAUUCAAUUUGGCGCUUAAAUGCAGGUCAUGUACUCUUCAUGCAAGGUGACAAAUAUAAAGAGGCUGCUGCAUUUUAUGAACCGAUUGUGCGUCAAAACACAGACGAUAUAAUGGACGUUUCAGCAGCUGUUUUGGCAAAUCUUUGUGUUUCUUAUAUUAUGACUUUUCAAAAUGAAGAAGCUGAGGAACUUAUGCGUAAAGUGGAAAAAGCUGAGGAACUUAAAGGCAAUAUGGGUAAACAAUAUCAUCAUUUAUGUAUUGUCAAUUUGGUGGUUGGGACUUUAUACUGUGCCAAAAACAAUUAUGAAUUUGGCUUAUCGCGUAUUGCUCAUGCCUUAGAAGGUGGCUCUGGUGCACGUUUAUAUGCUGAUACUUGGUUACAUGUUAAACGUUGUCUUUUGGGUUUGUUGACUGGCAUGGCUAAGCAAAAUAUUAUAUUACCAUAUCCAGCAGUGCAAGAGAUGUUAAAUUUCCUAAAAUCAUGUGAAGUGAACGGUCUGUUUACACCAGCCAACAUUUAUGCUGCAACGGAUGAAGUACCAACUGAACCAUUGACCAUAGGUUUAGAGGCACGUAAACUGCGUGUAUUAUUAACAAAGUUAAGUGAAUAUGAAAAUUAAAAAUAUGUCAAGUUUUUAUUUAAAUAUUUCUAACUGUUUAUUUAUAUAUU